CUUCCAGAAACCCAAAACCUCAAAACUUCUAAAUCCCCUCCCCUCCCCUCUCUUCUCUCUCUAUAGACCCCAUAACUAUGUGUCAAUUAUCUUCCUCUCCUCUCUCUACCAAACCACAUGAACCCAACAUUUUCUCUCCUCUGAUUCCCCAAAUCCCGGAAUCCAAACAAGAAGAAGAAACCCAAAACCCCAAUAGAACCCAUCUCUCACUAUCCAUAUCUGAAGCCAAACGCAUAGCCAACAUAGCCCUUCCCAUGGUCCUAACAGGUCUUUUACUCUACUCUCGCUCCAUGAUCUCCAUGCUCUUCUUAGGCCACCUCGGCGAGCUCUCUCUCGCCGGUGGUGCCCUCGCGCUUGGCUUCGCCAACAUCACCGGCUACUCAAUUCUCUCCGGCCUCGCCAUGGGAAUGGAACCCAUUUGUGGCCAAGCUUUCGGAGCUCAAAGACACAAGCUUCUCGGCCUCACCCUCCAAAGAACAGUCCUUUUGCUUCUCUUGACAUCAAUCCCCAUAGCUUUUCUAUGGUUCAACAUCAAGAAAAUUUUGGUAAUUUGUGGCCAACAACAUGACAUAGCCAAUGAAGCUCAAUCCUACAUUCUUUACUCUCUCCCGGACCUCUUUGCUCAAUCUAUUCUCCACCCUCUACGCAUUUAUCUCCGAACACAAUCCAUCACGCUCCCUUUAACAUAUUGUGCAACCUUUUCCAUUCUUCUCCACAUUCCCAUCAAUUACUUUCUUGUUUCAGUCCUCAAUCUCGGAAUCAAAGGCGUGGCCAUAAGUGGUGUUUGGACAAACUUUAAUCUCGUAGGAUCGUUGAUCGUCUACGUUAUGAUCUCCGGUGUGUAUAAGAAGACUUGGGGAGGAGUGAGCUCAGAGUGCUUGAAAGGGUGGUCAUCUCUCAUCAACUUAGCUGUCCCGAGCUGCAUUUCAGUAUGUCUCGAAUGGUGGUGGUACGAAAUCAUGAUUUUGUUAUGCGGGUUGUUGCUGAAUCCUCGAGCAACCGUGGCUUCAAUGGGCAUUUUGAUCCAAACCACAGCUUUAAUCUACAUUUUCCCAUCCUCUCUGAGCUUCGCAGUGUCCACAAGAGUUGGAAAUGAGCUAGGUGCUAACCGGCCCGAGAGGGCUAAACUGGCAGCCAUCAUUGGCCUCUCUUCUAGCUUCGUGUUAGGGUUUUCAGCACUGUUUUUUGCUACCACGGUUAGACACAUUUGGGCUAGUAUGUUCACCAAUGACGCGGAGAUUAUCGCAUUGACUUCAAUGGUCUUGCCCAUAAUUGGGCUCUGUGAGCUCGGAAACUGCCCUCAAACAACAGGUUGUGGCGUUUUGAGAGGCACUGCGAGGCCUAAACUCGGCGCCAACAUCAAUUUAGGGUGUUUCUACCUCGUGGGCAUGCCGGUGGCGGUGUGGUUGAGCUUCUAUGUGGGGUUCGAUUUCAGAGGACUCUGGCUAGGCCUUUUGGCGGCGCAGGGCUCGUGUGUUGUUACCAUGUUGUUCGUUUUAACUCGAACGGAUUGGGAGAGUCAAGCUCGGAGAGCUGAAGUGCUCACCGGAACUAUCACUGUCAAUGGUGACCAUGACACUAAAGAAGAACAAAGAUUUUUAGAUGACAAAAGUACUACUACAAAGCUUGAUGCUCAGACACUUGUUUAAUUUAAUUAAUAUAUCUUCAUUGAAUUUUUUUUUUUUUUUUUUCCUGUAUGUAAAUAUGAGAUUGAAAUGUAGGGGAUAGAGAUUUUAGAGCUAUCUGUUUCUGUUUUAAUUUGUUCAUUGUUUUGAUUCACAUCACAUGUAAAUUAAAAAUGUAUACUCGUACUAUUUUUUGGUUUAUAACAA